AUGAUCGACCACACGAUCCCAAAGUACCUGUUCAUCCAGACGUGCAUCUUGGGCCUGCGCGCCAUUACGCCCUUUAGCAUCUUCUGGGUGUCUUUCAGCAUCGCCGAGCCCCCUCACAACGCCUUCCGCCGCUUUCUGCUCGUGUGGAGCUCCGUCGAGACGGCCUUUUGGCUGCUGGUCUACGUGCCCCGCAAGCGCUCGCUGCAGGCCUCGGCGCAACAUCCCCCGCCCCUCCCCCACGAGGAGAGAAAAGAGCUGUUCUGGCGGUGCUGGGACAAGAUCCCCCACCCCGAGUACUAUGUCAGCAGAUGGUUCCUGGGCGCGCGGCCUGGCGAGGUGCGGCGCGAGAAUGUGCGCGACUUCUUCGCGUGGGCGUUGUUGAAUCGCGGCAGCGAAAGCGAUGAUGAGCGUAUGAAGAGGAGACUGGCACAUCCCGAACAGAGCCAGGCAGAGGACGACGAGCUGAACGAAUAUGCCGACGGGAUAGAGACGAUGCUGGGGAGGAAGUUGAUGCCCGGCAUGGGGAGUGCAAAGAGCCUGCGCCCGACCAUUGACCAGGUCAACAUGGCGCACCGGCCCUUUUUGUGGUAUAUGAUUGUAAUGCUGGUAGAUAGCAUCACCGCCAUUCGCCUGCGCUGCGCCGGCUUCAUGCUCUUUCGCACCCACAUGCGCUCCGCGCUGGCCAUAUUUCCGCCGCGCCUCGCCAGCCUGACUACACGCAACCUCUCAGUCGCCUCAAGCCUGAGCUACUGGUACAGGCCCCAUACAUCGUCGACGCGCCUGCCCGUGCUCUUCAUACAUGGGAUUGGCAUCGGGCUGCACCCAUAUGUCGAGUUCCUCAAGGAGAUCAACAAGCACGAUCCUCUGGCCCCGCACGACGGUCAAGUGGGCGUCAUUGCAAUCGAGAUUAUGCCCGUUAGCUUCCGCAUCGCCGAACCCAUGCCCAGCAGAGACGAAAUGUGCCGCCAGAUCAACAUGAUCCUCGAGCGCCAUGGCUUCGACAAAGUCGUUCUGGCCAGCCACUCGUAUGGGUCCGUGAUAUCCACUCACCUUAUCCAGAACCCGGCCACGGCCGCAAAGAUUGGCCCCAUGGUCCUCAUUGACCCAGUCACAUUCCUUCUGCACCUCCCGGACGUCGCAUACAACUUCACAGCACGUCAGCCCCGCACAGCCAAUGAGCAUCAGCUAUACUACUUUGCGUCAACCGACAUGAUGGUUGCAUAUACACUAGCGCGCCACUUCUUCUGGGCGCAGAACAUUCUCUGGAAAGAGGACUUGCGGGGCCGCGACGUGACUGUAAGCCUCAGCGGCCGUGAUCUCAUUGUCGACAGUGAGACAGUAGCGAAGUACCUGCACAAUGCAGACCUCAAAGGGGAGGAUCGCAGCUGGAAAGACUUUGACUGGAAGGGACACGGCAUAGAGACGUUGUGGUGGCCUACAGCGGACCAUGCACAAGUAUUCGAGAGGAAGGACGGUAGAGCAAAGCUUGUACAGGUGUUGAGGGAGUAUGUGCAGCGCAAGGCUGAAGAGGGGGAUGAAGAUAUUCAAUAG